AUGAUCGAUAUUAACAAACGAGCGUUUUGCCAUUUUACACUUAAAGAUAUUUUAAGUAUUAUGUCUUCAGUUGCUAUACCCAUAGCUCUUGCUAUUUAUACUUCAAUUGGAUCUGAACAACAAAAACAACAAGCUGAGAAGAAACAAAAGUUUGAUUUUGAACAAUCAAGAGAAUUAAGACAACAAACACUUUAUGAUGAAUUUUUAAAUAAUAUUUAUAAAUUAGAUAAAGAUGGUUAUCUUAAUGACACAAAAAAUCCAUGGGCAUUUGCAAAUGCAUAUUAUCGUGCUGCUCAUCGUCAAUGGGAUACAAUACGGAAAGGAGAUGUUUUACAAUUUCUAAAAGAAC